AUGAAGAUUAUUACUACUAUAGGUCUACUCCUGGUAUCUGUCCACCUUGGAAGCUCCUUUCUGAUUGGAGCCUUCAACAUUAAAUCCUUUGGGGAUUCGAAAGCAUCUAAUGCCACCCUGCUUGACAUCAUUACCAAAGUAGUACACCGUUAUGACAUUGUACUCAUCCAAGAAGUGAGAGACAGCGAUCUCUCUGCAACCAAGAAACUGAUGCAAAGUGUGAAUGGAGGUUCCUCUCCAUAUGAAUAUCAGUACAUUGUAAGUGAGCCCUUGGGUAGGAACACUUACAAAGAGAGAUAUCUCUUUAUUUACAGACGUCAGACAGUGGCCGUUGCCAACAGCUUCCAGUAUGAUGAUGGAUGUGAAUCCUGUGGAACUGAUACUUUCAAUAGAGAACCCUUUGUAGUGAUGUUCUCCUCUAAUACAGGUGGAGGUCCAAGUUCAUU